GCUAAUUUAUUUCAUGUUUUUUUUAUUUCAAAGCCCCCUGUCCAAUAAUUUUUUUUAAAAAUUUCAAAAUUUCCCCUUUGUCUCCCUUUUUUUAUCUGUUUCUCAUUUACUUCAUUUUUAUUUGUUAUUUAUCCAGGGCUUUAAUGGAGGAUGAAGCCCUAAUUUGCGGGGGGAGUAGCUUCUGCAACUCAAUCACAAAAUGCUAUUCCCUAAAUAUUCACAACCCCUAAUCUCGGGUCACUCCCAAACGCUUGUUUCUUGCCACAUUAUCAAAUCUAGGGGGUUUAAAUUCCAAAAUAUUACCCUUCGAAUUCGAGAAAGAAAGACCAUUCUCAGAAAUAAACCAGGGAUUAAUGGCGAGGGUGCUUCACUGCCAAAGAUUUGCAAUAAAAAAUUAGUUAGGGCUACAAAUGGUCGAAUUCCAGCCCUAGAACCUGAUACAAAUGGCGGAUUAUCCAGAAAAAGUGUGCCUCUUUCCUCGAAUAACGUUCUCUUGCCAUUUUUGUAUAAUUCUAGAAAGGUUGUAGAACACAUUUUCCUCCUCAAAGCUAAAAGGGAUUUAUCUGAGGAGAAAGAGAAGGAUAUGCUUGAUUUUCUAUAUACAUCCCAAUAUCACAUGAAUGGCAUUGUGGCUAUAUCACUAGGUCGUAUUAUCAAUCCCAAUGCUGAUAACUGCACACAUGCGGUGUUCAUGCGUUUCCAAAGAAGGGAAGGCCUUGAAGAGUAUUAUGAAAAUCCUUUCCAUUUAAGAGUUCUUGCAGAAUAUGUUAUGCCUUACUGCCAUGGAUAUAUAAAUUUGGAUUAUGAAUUUGAGGUGGAAGAUGAUAUCCUACCAAUAUUCCGCAAGGGAGAGGACUUCGAAUCUGGGGUUGAAUUUCUGCUUAUGAUAUCAGUCCUUGGCACUGCAGUAGGUCAAGCUGUGGAAGAGGCGUUGGCUGCGCUUCUCAGCCUGACGAAUAACUUUGGUUCCUUGAUUAUACAGGCUACCCUAGGCUCAAACUUCAACCUUAAUGAUAGGGACUACACUCAUGGUGCAGUCAUGCGGUUCCCAUCAUUGGAUGCUUUGGAGAAGUUUACAAGUAGCUUUGAGUACAAAGAUAUAUGGAGGCAAAAAUUUCAACCAAUUACAGGAAAAGCCCUCGUUGUGUAUUAUGCUGUUGAUCCAAUUGGUACCCAAAUCAUGAGUUUUAUUCCCCAAUGCUCUCGAAUGUGACGACUUGAUGAGAUAGCAAGCCAUUGAUACAACUAUUGCCCCUAACUCUUGUUCUAGACUGGCAUUGCUCGACAUGCACCAUGUGUACUCAAUCAAAGUAUGAUUCAUCAUCCUCUUGACAAUACAAUUGUGCUGAGGAUUGGAGGUACUUGUAUAAUUCCCAGUAAUUCCCUUGGCACAUGUGUAGCAUCUUUAAUCAUCCAAAUCAUCCCAUCAAAUAUUCUUAGACAAACCAAACCCAUUCCAACCAAUUUGCCUGUUCAUAUGGCUCAUAUGAGACAAAGCAUGUUAUAUGUGGGCACACAUGAUGGGUGAUUCUAGUGUUAAGGAUCCAAUUUUUAUACAACAUAGGAUUCUAAGCUAUUAUCAAUACUUCAUUUUUGAUGAAUUCAGAUUUCGACUCUUCAAUUUGAUUAGCUUCAUUCUUAGAUUCUCUUUGCCUUUCACCUCCUGCAUUAGAAUAUUUUGAGAAAUCUACUUCUUUCCCUUCAAAAUAGUUUUUCCUUAUAUGACUUGGCUUCUCACAAAAUUGACAUACAUUCUUGUCAUUAGGCACCCUUGACUUUCACCCAAAUUUUGAC